AUGGCGCCUGCAGGCGGUGGAAAUAUCAAGGUGGUGGUGAGAGUGCGUCCGUUCAACGGCAGAGAAAUCGACCGAGGUUCAAAAUGCAUCGUCGAAAUGAAGCAGAACCAGACCGUCCUUGCCACCCCAGAUGGACAUGGCGGCAAGGGCGCAAAGGAUACCGGGGCCAAGACUUUUGCCUUCGAUCGAUCAUAUUGGUCUUUCAACAAGGAGGACUCGAAUUAUGCCGGCCAGUCGAACCUCUUUGAUGACCUUGGAGCUCCGCUUCUCGACAAUGCUUUCCAAGGCUACAACAAUUGUAUCUUUGCCUACGGUCAAACCGGUUCAGGGAAAUCCUACUCCAUGAUGGGCUACGGCAAGGAAGUCGGCAUCAUUCCCACUAUUUGCCAAGAAAUGUUUAACCGAAUAGACACCAUUCAAGAAGACAAGGCGACUAAAUGUACGGUCGAAGUCUCCUACCUCGAAAUCUAUAACGAGCGCGUACGCGAUCUGCUUAAUCCGGCAACAAAAGGCAACCUGAAAGUCCGAGAGCAUCCAUCGACAGGUCCAUACGUAGAGGAUCUGGCAAAACUCGUCGUCGGGAGCUUUCAAGAAAUCGAGAAUCUGAUGGACGAGGGAAACAAGGCCAGAACCGUUGCUGCUACAAACAUGAACGAAACAUCUAGUCGAAGUCAUGCAGUCUUCACCUUAAUGCUCACCCAAAAAAAGUAUGAUGCAGAAACAAAGAUGGAAAUGGAAAAGGUCGCCAAGAUUAGCCUGGUUGAUUUGGCAGGCUCUGAACGUGCAACCUCUACAGGCGCUACCGGUGCUCGAUUGAAAGAAGGCGCCGAAAUCAACCGGUCACUAUCAACACUUGGUCGGGUCAUUGCGGCGCUGGCAGAUUUGUCGACAGGAAAGAAGAAGAAAGGCGCAACUCAAGUUCCUUACCGAGACAGUGUUUUAACAUGGCUGCUGAAGGAUUCUUUGGGCGGAAACAGCAUGACGGCAAUGAUAGCAGCCAUCAGUCCUGCCGACAUCAAUUACGACGAAACCCUCAGCACUUUGCGAUAUGCCGACUCAGCCAAGAGAAUCAAGAACCACGCCGUUGUCAAUGAAGAUGCCAAUGCCCGUAUGAUCCGAGAAUUGAAGGAAGAAUUGGCGUUGCUGAGAAGCAAGCUUGGCGGCAGCGUGGCUGGGUCAGGUCAAGCAGCACUUCCGGGAGAACCAGUUUAUGCAGAAGGCACACCUUUGGAGCAGCAGAUGGUGUCCAUCACCACUUCCGAGGGUAUUGUCAAGAAAGUAUCCAAGGCAGAGAUUGCUGAACAGCUCAGCCAGAGCGAGAAACUUCUCUCCGAUUUGAAUCAGACAUGGGAGCAGAAGCUCCAGAAGACGGAAGAAAUUCACAAGGAAAGAGAGGCUGCCUUGGAAGAGCUUGGUAUCAGCAUUGAGAAGGGCUUUAUCGGGUUGCAUACACCGAAGAAGAUGCCACAUCUGGUCAACUUGUCAGACGACCCUCUCCUUGCCGAAUGUCUUGUUUACAAUCUCAAGCCUGGAACCACGACUGUUGGCAAUGUCGACACAAACGCUGAUCAUCAGGCCAACAUUCGACUAAACGGAACGAGAAUCCUCCACGAUCACUGCAAAUUCGAAAAUAAUGCUGAUGGGACCGUUACUGUAGUUCCUUCAGAAGGGGCAUCAGUCAUGGUCAAUGGUAAGCGGAUAACGGAGCCUAAGCAGCUUCACUCUGGUUAUCGGGUCAUUUUAGGCGACUUCCACAUCUUCCGAUUCAAUCACCCCAUGGAGGCGAGAGCCGAAAGGGCAGAAGUUGGGCAAAGCCUGCUACGGCAGUCGAUCACGGCUAGUCAGUUGCAAGCCUUGGAUCGCACGCCUUCUCCUCGGCCGGGUCAUGAGAGGUCAAUGAGUAAGGUUUCGGACAUUGUUGACUCUCGGCCAGGAUCGCCGGCUCCUUUUUUGCGAAGUGGCAGGGACUCGGACUGGUCUAUGGCUCGACGAGAGGCAGCUGGUGCUAUCCUUGGCACCGACCAGAAUUUUGCCAGUCUCACGGAUGAGGAGCUUAACGCAUUGUUUGAGGAAGUACAGAGGGCCCGCGCCGAGCGUGUCAACGGUCGAGAAGACGGCGAGGACUCCGAGUCCGUCACUUCUUACCAGAUGCGCGAAAAAUACAUGUCCACCGGAACCAUCGACAACUUCUCGCUUGAUACAAUAUUGACAAUGCCAUCAACACCAAAGCAGGGAGAACAGGAUGAUCGUUUGAAGGAAGCUCGAGAGGAAAUGCAAAACCAAUUGGAGAGACAAAAAGAGGAGUUCCAAGAAAAGCUCAAGAGCGCAGAAGCUGCCAACGUCGAGGUUGAAGAGAUUAGAAAGGAGAAAGCCAAGAUGGAGGUCGCUCUUCUAGAGCUGAAGGAAGAUAUGCAGAAACAACUCAUCCUACAAAAGAAACAGUACGAGGAGAAGAUUGACAAGAUGGACCCCUUCAAGCGGCCCAAGGCGAAUCCAAAACUUUCCGGCGAAGAGAUUGAGCAAGCAAAAAAGGUCAUCAAAGUCUGGCGUGGCCGUCACUUUGUCAAGAUGGCUGAAGCUGUGCUACAGAAUGCUGCAGUGUUGAAGGAGGCUCAAAUUAUGAGCAAUGAGCUUGACGAGAGUGUUGUGUUCCAAUUUACUGUUGUCGACAUAGGACAUGCACUCUGCUCAUCUUACGACAUGGUCCUCAACGGGCUGACUGGCGAGGGUGAAGAUGCGGCGCUGGAGGAGGCCCAGAAGCCUUGUAUUGGCAUUCGUGUCAUCGACUACAAGCACAGUGUUGUCCAUCUCUGGAGUUUGGAAAAGCUGCACGAUCGGGUUCGACAGAUGAGACAGAUGCACCAAUACCUCGACCAACCAGAUUACGCACAGCACUUGAGUCUCGACAACCCGUUUGUGGAAACUUGCAUGCCAUCAUAUACCCUGGUGGGAGAAGUAGACGUUCCCUUGCGGGCUGUCUUUGAGAGCAGGGUCCAGGACUUCUCCCUCGAUGUCCUAUCACCUUACACAUCUCAUGCUGUCGGCAUCGUCAAAUUGUCCUUGGAGCCAUCUCAUGCCCGAGCGCCGACAAACACGUUGAAGUUUAAUGUUGUCAUGCACCAGUUGCUUGGAUUUGCCGAGCGAGAAGGAACCGAAGUCCAUGCGCAGCUCUUCAUCCCUGGCGUAUCGGAAGAGGACGGCGUCACCACAACCCAAAUGAUUAGCGAUUUUGACGAAGGGCCGAUUAGGUUUGAAAGUGUUCACAACAUGAGCGUCUCAGUAUUUGCACCUCAGGACGUCACAUUACGGGCUGCAAUCUUCGCCAAAGUCUCUGCAAUGCACUUGGAUAAGCUCCUUAGCUGGGACGACAUCCGAGACGCUGGCCCUCUGCGUGACAAUUCAAAGGGGACACGCAUCAACGAAUCACAAUUCUUCACCCAAGAAAAACAUGACCUCCUUUCUCGCGUUCAGAUCAUGGAGUUGAACGAGAAUGGCGAAUACCAACCGGUCGAAGUCAGCCAAACGAGUGAAUUGGACACGGGCACAUUUCAACUGCAUCAAGGUUUGCAACGCCGAAUCGGAAUAAACAUCUCUCAUAGUUCGGGGGAUGCUUUGCCUUGGGGCGAUGUUACCGCUGUGCGUGUUGGCAAAAUCCGACUUGUUGAUUCGGCUGGUAAGACCCCGGAUAUGGGCGCCAGUGAACCCGACGUCUCUUUAAAGCUUGCUUCCAACCCAAUUUUCCGCGAGAACCCCAACGGUACACGAAGCAUAACCAUGUACGCUCAGUGGGACUCAAGUUUACAUAACUCUCUCCUGUUAGACAGGGUCACGGCGGAUAAGUACCGCGUGCAGAUGACGAUACAUUGGGAGAUCAGCUCGGAGAAAUUGGCGGAGCCAAUGAAGUUUAUCCAAAAGGUAUGCGUGCAAAUCUUGUCAAGAACAUUUGUACGCCAGACAUCCAUGUUCUCUUCGCUCUGGCAAAACGUGAGAUUUGUCCGCUCAUCGACCGGGAUUUUUACUCUCACAAUGCGGCCCGCGCCAAUCAAGAGAGUCGGUGAUCUGUGGCGCAUGAAUAGUCAACACGAUUACGUCAAGGGGGAGGAAAACCUGACGAGCUGGGCUCCUCGUGGUGUCUCUCUUGUGAGCGACUUUAUUAUGGCGCGCAAGAAGAGAAGACGCGUAGCCGAGAUUGGCGCAGUACAAACGACUCUUCAAAGGCUCGGCGUGGACAUUACCACCGCUCCGGUAGCGGAACAAGAACCGAAGCCUGAACCGCUCCCCGAGGUUAAGACAAUUGUGCUAGACGACGACGAUGACCUAUUAAAUGACACUCCCGACACGUCCCAAGCACCCUCCAUCUUUGAAGACUCUGAUAAUGAGGGCCAGGACGAGGAGACAAUCAAAUUAGAACCUCAAGAACCCGCGGGUUCUCAAGAAGAACAAAAACCCGUCGAACCAGAGUUCAAUGACCACCAAACCGACCUCCUGGAGAAGUCAUUAAAACUCUGGACCAAAUAUCCUGACCCCUUGUCCAGCAUCCUCAGCCCGGCAAACACCAGCCCUCCCGCAAACGGCAUCAGCCCCGGGUCCUCCCUGCCACCGAGCCUCAUCACAACCAUCAUCCGCGUCCCCAAGAAUCCCAAAGUCUUGAAGGGCGGCUAUUUACUGGUCCCCAACAACGAUUCCACCCGUUGGGUCAAGCGUUUUGUCGAACUUCGCCGCCCGUACCUCCAUAUUCACUCCGCCUCUGACGGUGACGAAAUCGCCCUCGUGAGCCUACGCAAUUCCCGUGUCGACAGCCAACCCGGUGUCCUCGGGCUCUUGCACGGACCGGACGACUACGACGCGCCGCAGAGCAAUUCUGGCCCUGACUUUACACCUGGUCACCGCCGCACAGCUUCCGGGCGUGUGAUUUCUACCAUAUGGACCGGCGCUGGCGGCGGUUCCUCUGGCAGCAGUGGGCAGGGAUUGCAACGCCUCAGCGAACGCAUGCAAGCGGCUGUCUUUGCCAUCUACGGCACAGACAACACGUGGCUAUUUGCUGCACGUAGCGAACGCGAGAAAAUGGACUGGAUCUUCCGCAUCGAUCAAACAUACUUGUCUAAUUCCGAGAGUGCCACCAACAGCGGCAUCAUGAGCCCAUACCAGGGGAGUGAAUACUAG